ACAAAAAAGAAAAAGUCACACACGUACAGUCAGUUUACCGGCGUCUGUAUCGAAGAAGUGUUUUCUUUAAUUUGUCUUAAAAAGGUUUGAAAACGAACCGAAAGAUGUUGUCGUUAAGCGGGCUGUCGGUGGCUCUCGCGCUCGCUCUGUUUCCCGGUUCCGGUGAAGCCCUGAAAGAAGGAGAUUGUGAAGUGUGCAUAACCUUCCUAGGGAAGUUCUACCAGUCGCUGGAGGAGAACAACGUGAACUUCAACAGCGCCGACAUCGAGACGGCCAUCGUAAAGACCUGCAAAGACGCCAAAGGCAAAGAAAACCGCUUCUGUUACUACAUCGGGGCGACGAGUGACGCGGCCACGAAGAUUAUCAACGAGGUGUCGAAGCCGCUCAGCUACCACGCCCCCGUGGAGAAGAUCUGUGAGAAGCUCAAGAAGAAGGACGGUCAGAUCUGUGAGCUGAAAUACGACAAACAGCUGGACCUGACCACGGUGGACCUGAAGAAGCUCAAAGUGAAGGACCUGAAGAAGAUCCUGGAGGAGUGGGGCGAGUCCUGCAAAGGCUGCGCCGAAAAGUCCGACUUCAUCCGCAAAAUCACAGAGCUGAUGCCCAAGUACGCGCCCGCAGCCGCCAAAGCACGGACUGACCUGUAACCAAAAAACACAAAUCCCAACCACACAACUUUGGACUUCACUGGGAACCAGACCGCUAUCCAGGAAGAGGAAGAGGAGGACCAGGAGAGGAAGAGGAGGAGUUUAUCUGGGGUUGUUUUUUUUUUUUGUUUUUUUUUGUUUUUUUUGGGAGGUGUAAUCCUUCCCUGCUUCAGAAGUAUAGAUAUCGGUAUAAGUCCUACACUAUACUUUCAAUCCAUGUGUCAAGAAUGAACUCAUUAAAGGGGAAUUACGAGCAUUGUUUUUAUUUUUUUUUGCUUAUGUCGUCGCUACGGUUCACAGUAAACGUUUGCUGAUUCUCCAACACACAGAUAUUUUAAAACUGCUGGAAGGUAAAGUGACAGCUUCCUGUUUCACAAACUCACUCGUCUUCACUUCUCCGGCCAACGAAGUCUUAACGCCAAGAUUUUUUUUUUUUUAUAAAUAUAGAAACGUCACCCUGAUUCUUCCGGUGACGCUCCGCCGACGAGUGAACACGGAUGUUGUUCAACUGAAACAUUUUUUUUUUUUUUUCCCUUCUUCUCCAAGUCUAUCUUCAAACAAUACCGACAUAUUAUGUGCAUCAAAAUAAUGAUCAGUCGCUCUCAAUCAUACAGGACCCCGCUAGUUCCCUUUCUAAUGUAGACGAUGCUGCUGAGAACGUUGGCGCAUAUUUUCACAAUAACGAGGUGAAAUGAUUACAGCCACCAAACAAACUGUUGAUGUACGUGUGUGAAUAUUGACCUGGAGAAAAAGAAUGUGAACCGAUCCUUAAAGACCUGAGUUCAGAUCUUCAACAUCAGUCUUUUUGUUUCAAUCCAUUCUUAACAAAGUCACCCAUAUUCAAAUUGUGCCGUUAUGUUUAAAGAGAAGUUACCUUCUUGUU